AAUAAAUAGAAGUAAUGUAAGAAACAAUCUCAUUCUGAACUUUUCUUCUUCACAAUUCAUUUCGAUUCGAUUUUCACUCUCAAGAUGGACAAAGCGAUUAACAGACAAAAAGUUUUGCUUCAACAUCUCAAUCCUUCUUCUUUUUCAUCCAAUGAUUCAUCUUCCACAUCUCUCAAUGCUUCAGCAUGUUUGGCAGGAGACAGUGCUGCUUAUCACAGGACAGCUGCAUUUGGGGACGAUGUAGUGAUUGUAGCUGCAUAUCGGACUGCUCUUUGCAAAGCUAAACGUGGUGGUUUCAAAGACACUCACGCUGAUGAUAUCCUAGCUCCUGUUUUGAAGGCUGUAAUUGAGAAAACAAACUUGAACCCAAGUGAAGUUGGAGAUAUUGUUGUCGGUUCUGUUUUGGGAGCUGGAUCUCAAAGAGCUAGUGAAUGUCGUAUGGCAGCAUUCUAUGCUGGUUUUCCUGAGACUGUGCCGGUUAGGACAGUUAACAGACAAUGUUCGUCUGGGCUACAAGCUGUUGCUGAUGUAGCUGCUGCUAUAAGGGCUGGAUUUUAUGACAUUGGUAUUGGUGCCGGUUUGGAAUCCAUGACAACCAAUCCAAUGGCAUGGGAUGGAUCAGUGAAUCCUAGAGUGAAAAUGUUUGAACAAGCCCAAAACUGCCUCCUUCCAAUGGGGAUUACCUCUGAAAAUGUUGCCAGUCGCUUUGGAGUUUCAAGGAAAGAGCAAGAUGAAGCUGCAGUUGAGUCUCACAGGCGAGCGGCUGCUGCUACUGCGGCUGGUAGAUUUAAAGAUGAAAUCAUUCCAGUUUCCACCAAGAUCGUUGACCCAAAAACUGGCGAGGAGAAAUCUGUCACCAUUUCUGUUGAUGAUGGAAUUCGACCCAACGCAUCAGUAUCUGACCUAGGAAAGCUUAAAGCUGUGUUUAAGAAAGAUGGAACCACCACUGCUGGUAAUUCUAGCCAGGUGAGUGAUGGUGCUGGAGCUGUUCUGCUGAUGAAAAGAAGUAUUGCAAUGCAAAAGGGGCUACCCAUUCUUGGUGUAUUCAGGAGUUUCGUCGCAGUUGGUGUUGAUCCUGCCAUCAUGGGUGUUGGCCCAGCUGCUGCAAUUCCAGUUGCUGUGAAGGCUGCAGGUCUAGAGCUUGAUGACAUUGAUCUUUUUGAAAUAAACGAGGCUUUUGCUUCUCAGUUCGUUUAUUGUCGUAACAAGCUAGGACUUGACUCACAAAAGAUCAAUGUUAACGGAGGUGCAAUGGCAAUUGGGCAUCCUUUGGGAGCAACAGGUGCUCGAUGUGUAGCAACUCUAUUGCAUGAAAUGAAGAAACGUGGCAAGGACUGUCGAUAUGGAGUAAUAUCUAUGUGCAUCGGUACUGGAAUGGGGGCAGCUGCUGUUUUUGAGAGAGGUGAUUCUGUUGAUGAGCUUUGCAACGCCCGCAAAGGGGACAACCUUUUCUUAUCCAAGGAUGCUCGCUAGAAUUAGAUACUCAGUACUCGUUCCUAUUUGGUUAUUAUUAUCGAUUAAGAAAUUAGAAUAAAAGCUCUGUUCUGUGAAAGUGAAAAUGUCAAUCACUGGUCAAUAAUAAUUCUAUAAUUUCUAUUCUAGUAGACGUGCAAUUAGUUUGAGUUGUUUUUGUGUAGACCUUACCAGCAGAGUCUGUGUUUGGUAAAAUUUAUUGUAUGAAAGGACGGGCUAAUGCAAUAGCAUAUCUUUAUUAUAUCAUGUGUUUCUUCAAUACGAAAUGUUGUUUCUGGAUAAUGUAAUCACUUCAUUUACCCUUUUACAUUCUGAA